AUGAAAUACAAUGUGAAGUCGAGAAAAACGGGGUUGAGAAGGAAGCUUUCCUACCGAGGGCAGCAGGUUGUGUGCAGGGUGAGGCAUCUAUAUAUUUGCGAUUUCCACAAGAAUUUCAUUCAAAGUGUCCGAAACAAAAGAAAGAGGAAGACAAGCGAUGAUGGAGGUGACUCUCCUGAGCAUGAAACGGAUGUUCCAGAGGUUGACUUGUUCCAGCUCCAAGUGAAUACGCUACGACGUUACAAGAGACACUAUAAAUUGCAGACUAGGCCUGGACUCAACAAGGCUCAACUAGCAGAAACCGUCAGCCGUCACUUCAGGAAUAUUCCUGUGAAUGAGAAAGAGACACUUGCUUAUUUCAUCUAUAUGGUGAAGAACAACAAGAGCAGGCUGGAUCAGAAAUCAGAAGGUAGCAAGCAACUAGAAUGAAGAUUAACAGAACUUGGAAUAAGAGAGACCUUGAAGGAACAGAUGGUAUUGUGUGGUUUUAGGUAUAUAAAAACUGUUGAAGUAUAUUGUAAAUUUUUUUAAAUGCAGUAAGUCUGAAUGACAGAAAAUAUAGACGUUCUUAUCAGGAAUAUAUGAAAACAUGCACCUAGCAUGUUUCUGAAGACUUUUUUUUCCCCUCAUUUCAAAGUCACAUUGGAAUAAAGAAAUGAGGAUAAUGGGGAAACAAAGUACAUGUGUAGGACUGUGGAGUCUGUCACCUCGGUGUUUUAAACCAUUUCUGGAAAUCUGCAUCUCAGUGCAAUUUAGAUCACAAAUGGAAUUCAUUCACUGAAUUCAGACUGCAUCACAAAACCACCAUGCAAUUUACCUUGGCACAGGACUGGAAUAGCAGCAGAGAUAAAAUUUGUAAUCAAGGUGCAUGGGUCAGAAGUUUAUCUGAAGCUUGCUCCCCACCUCCCCACCUACACAUGAUCUGUCUCGCCUUGAGCCAAUGCUUCAAGUCCCAAACUUCUACAAAUGCUUCAGCUCACCAAAUCUGCUCCAGUGAAUGUUACUUGACCGGUCUGAAAUUGAUUUUUUUUCCCCCCUCCUUCCCUCCCUCCGCAACGUGGAAGCCAAACAACUCAUUGAAAUCAUUUUUUUUCCUAAUUUCUUUUAUUUAAGAACUUGCUACUUAAUUGUCUAAGCAUUUGAGAACUUCUGUGUUUCCUCAGAAUGUGGUAUUAAGGCAAAUGUAGCUUUAUUUGCUGGGUUUGAUCAUGUUGAUAGAAAUGCUUAUUUAACUCACUCAAUUAUGUGCGUUUCCCUCAUAUGCAAGGCUCAGCAAUGAUAGGUGGAACAGCAGGUUAAGACAUCUGCCUUUUAAUCUCUGCGUCAGAUCAGGUAUCAGUCACAAGUGAUGUGACUUUUAUAUUGAAGUUAGACUUUAGCAGAUGUCACAAAACUGCUGUGUAGAUUAGUGCGCUCGGCAGUCUCCAUUUAGCAUAAAGCAGAUUUAUGCUACUGGGUGUAGCACCGUAACCAGAGUAGUGAACUAACUGGAGCAUGUUGCAUUUCAUUGGUCUUUGCAAGUGGACAAAAAGUACUGAAGCACUCAUCUCUUGUGAGCAUUACAUGUGCUUUCAUAAGAAUUCUGUGAAACAGAGGGUGGCAUGCUGGUGCUCUUUAACUGGGCGCUGUAGGAGAAAAUCACUCUGAUUUUGUUAUCUAAAGCCAAGGUGUCCUUACAAAUACACAAUGGUUAUUUUGGCAAAAGAAGCUUACGGAAGUGUUGAUUGUGAAUGACUGUUCUCCAGUGACCUCAAAUUUUAUUCAAGGGGAUCUUGCGAUUUUUAAAGCACCACUCUGUUUCCUUGCUGUCCUAACCAUUGUCUCCAUUCUGUUACGAGAUGCCAAGACUCCUCUUAGAGUGUAUUCUCAACAAGCCUUAAGCAAUGAACUGAACAGUGGAAAACCUUGGCUAGCAUUUUGUCCAUAGCACGUUCUAAUAUUCCAAAACUGGAUGAAGCUUUGAAGAACUAAACUCACAGGUCAAAAUCCCAAUUCAGUACUGCAUUACAUGUUUUGUAAGGCAUGAAGGGUUCACCCACUGAAACUCUUGUUGAAGCUCUCCUAGAUCUCUUUACCAAUCAAGUCACAAUUUAAAGCAAGCUGUUUGCAUCAGCUUUGAAAUGUUUGCUAAUAUUCCAAAUACACGUGCAACAGACUUCAACAUUUUUAAGUCCUGUGUCAUACGCAGAAAUAUUCUGUUAUGGUACGUGUCCCAUUUGUGAAGUUUUGAGGAGUGUGAUCGUUUCAGCAUUUCCUCAUUCGACCCAGUGUGGAUUUUAACAACAUCAGACAGAAGAGGGGAGACUCAAGCUCAAGGAAUGAGGAGAGAAUAUCUUGUGCCAGUAUUCCAUGAAUGUUUAAAAAUUUCCUGAUUACGCUGAUCCUUUCCUUAUUGAAAGGAUGGAGUAAUUCCCACAUUAGUCAACAUGAUCUGGCUUCUCUCAUUCAGGACAGAUGGUUAAGAUGGUAUGUUCUCUGAAUGCAUGUUAAUCUUGAAAGCGUUCAUGUACUUGGAGGAUAUUAGCAAGAGAAAAUGAGCUUCUGAGUUGAGAGGGUAUCGCCUCAUCGUAACUUCUAGACCAAAAUUGUAAAAAUGCAGUUUGUUUGGGGGAUUUCUUUUUCUGCUGUGGGCUUUUUUAUUUCUAAGAGUAAAUGAAUCUGUUGCGGUGUUUUAGCAGCCAGCAGCAAAAUGAUUUUUUUUUCACACAAAUAUGGUGGCAGGUUCCAUCUGUUCAGGUGUAUUCACUGGUAUGCUUUUGUGUGGAGGGGGGUAUCCAGGAAACUUUUUUUUUUCUCUCUCCUCUGAAAAUGGUCAAUUGAUGUAAAAUGUCAUUGUUGUUGGUUUCACUCUUAAAGCAAUUAUACUUUUUGAAAAAAAAAAAGUUAGUGAAGUGGGAUGAUGAAAAGAUGUUUACCAGCCAUUAGCAGUCGUUUAUAAGGUGGUAAGCUUGGAGGCAAGACACCAAAGAAACAGAAGAAUCUUUGGCUGUCAGACCUCAUGGCCUUGUAAACCCUUGCAAAUGCCUUAUUAUCUUGUUCGCAACUCAGCUAGAGCAAAAAGCCUUUAGCAAAAGAAAGCCGAUGUCUUGUUGGAAGGGUUAGCCACUUUGUGGCUGCCAUGCUAUAAACUGCAAUCACACGUCAAUUCAGUAGCAAUAUCCAUGUUCAGGGUGCCUGUGAUUCUUGAAAAGCAUUUAGUGUCUAAUAACCAGAAAACGCAACAAUGCAAUUGUCAUUCUGUGUAAUACCAUUCUGUGUUUUUGAUUCCUUAUGCUGCAUGCCAAUUAAAAAUACUUUCCAACUUUUUUUUUUCUAAGAAAAGAAAAAAAGAAAUUCAAGUAAAUGUGUUUGAACCUCACACAUGUGAAGCCAUGAGGUAGGAUAUUUUGUCAGCACUUUUAGAUGGGACUGGUUGGAAAAGGAAGACGCAAAUUGCUUUGGCUGGCAUGAUGAGACUUUUUUUUUCCUUUUGCAUUUUGUUUUUCACAAAUGGGCCUUAAAUUCUAUCUAGCUUUGAACCAUGGAGCACAAGCCUUGGGGGCAGGGAGGACGACCACAUGUCACCUUCUACCUAUACUACUGGACGCUUAUUUCUUACAAGCCUGCAUAGGUGACAUUCACCCUGGGGCAGAGGAAUCUUCUUUAAAGCCCUCCAGCCAUUACAUAGCCUAUUUCAAUUACAUAGCCUAAUUCAAUUCUCAUUGAAGAGCUGCAUUAACUUCAUUAGACUUUUGAUCAGAGCCGAAGCCAUUAGUAUAAAAUACAAAUAAUGUGGAAACUGAGCCUCUUCCAGGCUCAGUUUUAUCCUGUAUGCUGACCCUUUGCUCAUCUUAAGGGAAGAAGAAAUAAUUAUUGCUGGUAAUUAUUGGCUUGAGCUCAACUCAAGGGAGUUUGAAGUGCAUGAAGACUUGAGCUGGUAGCAAUUUGAUGGCUGAAAAGUGCAAAUAUAUCCAAGGAGACUCUGUUUGCAUGCAGUUUUCAUAAAUCUCUGCAUCUCAAGGAAUAUUGUAUAUCAACUUGAAGUAAACAAUUGCAUUAAAAGAUAAUGUUUCUUUUGCCAGGCACUUUGGAUGUUUGGACUGAGAAAAGGAGAGCAGGCAGGUUUGUACCACUUGCCCCCAAUACUAUGGUGUCCGAUUUGUCUUAGAAACGUGGCUGUAAACCAUUAGGUACCCUGGUGUGCAAGACUUAACCAAAAUACAUGAAGUCUUCAUUAAAAGUUAGUCCUGAGUGCAGACCGGUUUCAGAGGCUUUGAAAUCAAGAGCCGAAAUAAGGCACAGUAAGAGUGUGUUUCAAGCAGGUCAUGAUAGCAAAGAGAAGAUGAAACAGAACACGGUCCCUGGAGAGACUGAAUGAAACGCUUCCGCUGUUAGCAGCGUGGGGGAAGAUUUGUUCUGUGUUAACUUUUGCAAUGGAUCUUUAAUGAGAGAAGAAGGGGGAAGCUGUGCACUUUAUGUCUUUUGGUUGAGCCAAAUGUGAAUACCAAUGGGAGAUCUUCAGCAGUAACUGCAGUUGGAGGGGGAAGGAAUGGUCUGCUGCAGGACUGUGUAUUUAAAUUGGCGGACCGUUUUACUUCCCUGGAGCACUAGCGUCACUUUGCCUCUACAGUUUAAAAAAGUGGGUAAGAUGAGGUAGCCUCCUUUACACAAGGAGUCCUUGUCUUGCCCAGAGCGUUGACUGAAGAGUCCCAAAGGUGAAAGAAUGUUGUUGAUGCCUCACUUCUCUUGACACUGAUGCCCUUUAGCCGUCCCUAGCUUUCCAAGUUAGGGAGUUUUUGUUUUCCACUUUCAAAGUGCAAAUUAACUGUUGAGAUGUAAGAUACUCCUUGCACUUUUCGCAGCUAACCCUGGUCUCGCCUUUCUGACUUGCCUGUUUGGAAUGAAUUAAAUAGUUGAAGAAAGUGUGGGGAGAUUGGGGGGGCUCCUGCCUUAAAUCUGAACUUCCCUUGCAAGCAACUCUGCAGGCCAUCCUGUAUAUCAGCAGGUAGCUGAGCCCCAACGGGGCAAGGUUUACUCCCGUCCUAGCCACAGCUCUCCACGGUUAGAGUACAGGAGAGGUGAAUAGUAGAUAACUUGCAGAAUGGCUUGGAGUGUUUUAACAGGCUUACUGGGAGAGAAAAACUGUGUUCCCUCUUCUGUUUCUGGCCUCCAUGCGUUGUGCUGAUCUUAUGCCAAAUGUUUUGGACACCUUGUAUUUUUAACUGUGUAAUAUAGCUGUGUAUUGUUAAAGUAACUUAGUAACUUAUAGCAAAACUGUAGAACUCAUUUCUCUGAGGUGUAGGAAAUGUCCUGCUUCCACUGUGUAUGAGACUUAAACUCUGUACUGUCUGUAAAAGAUGAAAAUGCCGAAUUUCACUUUAAUAAAUGAUCUAUC